AUGGGCCAGAGCGCUUUUCUUGCUCGCGUCUGCGAGCAGACUGGGCGUUACAAUGAUGUGGUCACCUAUGUGAAUGAAGACGCGAAGGUUAGUGUUGAGCUCAGUUUCGAGGAGCAGAACCUUUUCAGCACUGCAUAUCAGAAGGUAGUCGGUUCCCGCCGUUCCAGCUUGAGGGUCAUCUCCUCCGUCGAGGAACCAGAGUCAAGCUGUGAGAAGCAUAUGACUGCCAUCUGGGAAUACCGACACAAAAUUAUGAAUGAGCUCGAGAAGCUCUACGAGGACCUUUUAGAGAUUCUAGCAGAGAGACUGAUUCCCAUUACCAUCACAGGCAUGUCUAUGGUCUUCUAUUACAAGAUGAAAGGUGACAUCGGUCGUUAUCUAGUGGAAUUCGGGUCGAGCGAGAACAACAAUGCCAUUAAUCUAGCCCAAGAUGCCUAUAAAACGGCAACCGAUGCUGCUCAAGUCGAGCUCGAUGCCACCCACCCUUUGCGCCUAGGCGCGGAUCUGAACUUUUUUGUCUUCUACUAUGAGAUCUGGAUUCGCCCAAACGUGCUUGCCAUCUUGUCCAGAAAGUUAUCGAUGAUGCUAUUGCCGAGGUCGUCUUCUUGUCUGAAGAAUGCUUGCACGACUCUGCAAUAG